AUGGCUGUAUUGUGUAUGGCAGGGUGUUCCACUGGGGGAAGGCUGUAUUGUGUGUGGCAGGGUGUUCCACAGGUGGAUGGCCGUAUUGUGUAUGGCAGGGUGUUCCACUGGGGGAAGGCUGUAUUGUGUGUGGCAGGGUGUUCCACAGGUGGAUGGCCGUAUUGUGUGUGGCAGGGUGUUCCACGGGCGGAUGGCCGUAUUGUGUGUGGCAGGAUGUUCCACGGGCGGAUGGCUGUAUUGUGUAUGGCAGGGUGUUCCACUGGGGGAUGGCUGUAUUGUGUGUGGCAGGGUGUUCCACAGGGGGAUGGCUGUAUUGUGUGUGACAGGGUGUUCCACAGGGGGAUGGCUGUAUUGUGUGUGGCAGGGUGUUCCAAAGGGGGAUGGCUGUAUUGUGUGUGGCAGGGUGUUCCACAGGGGGAUGGCUGUAUUGUGUGUGACAGGGUGUUCCACAGGGGGAUGGCCGUAUUGUGUGUGACAGGGUGUUCCACAGUUUGA